AUGGGGGUGGCGGUACCCGGGUGGGGGACGGGUCCUGCCGCCGCCUCUCCCUCGGCCCGAGCGGGCGCUGCGCGGCGGCGCCAGGCGGAGGUUGUGGCCGUGGUGGCGGCUGCGCGCCCCGGGCCUGAGGUCUCCAGCGCGUCCCUCGGCGGAAGAUGCGAGGCGAGGCGGAGCGCCGGCAGUGAGCUGCGGCGGGGGGAGAGGCCCGGCGGUGUCCCGGGAGCGGGGCCGGAGCCCCCCCUCAGGCCGGCGGGCGGCGGAGGAUGCGGAUCGGGCCUCCCCGCCGAUGAGAGGGAGGAUGGGAACCCAGGGCAGCCCGGUGAAGAGCUACGAUUACCUCCUCAAGUUCCUGCUGGUGGGGGACAGCGACGUGGGGAAGGGGGAGAUCCUGGAGAGCCUGCAGGACGGCGCCUCCGAGUCCCCCUACGCCUACAGCAACGGAAUCGACUACAAGACCACUACUAUCUUGUUGGACGGCAGAAGGGUCAAGCUGGAACUCUGGGACACAUCAGGGCAAGGAAGAUUUUGCACCAUUUUCAGAUCCUACUCUAGAGGAGCCCAGGGAAUUCUCUUGGUGUAUGACAUCACUAAUCGCUGGUCCUUUGAUGGGAUAGACCGAUGGAUAAAGGAAAUAGAUGAGCAUGCCCCAGGUGUCCCUCGGAUCCUGGUGGGCAACAGGCUUCACCUCGCCUUCAAACGGCAGGUGCCCACGGAGCAGGCCCGGGCUUACGCGGAGAAGAACUGCAUGACGUUUUUUGAGGUCAGCCCCCUGUGCAACUUCAAUGUCAUAGAGUCCUUCACAGAGUUGUCCCGUAUCGUCCUCAUGCGGCACGGCAUGGAGAAGAUCUGGAGACCCAACAGAGUGUUCAGCUUGCAGGACCUGUGCUGCCGAGCCAUUGUUUCCUGCACCCCAGUCCACCUCAUCGACAAGCUGCCAUUGCCCGUCACCAUCAAGAGUCACCUGAAAUCCUUCUCGAUGGCGAACGGGAUGAACGCGGUGAUGAUGCAUGGCCGGUCGUAUUCCUUGGCCAGCAGCGGGGGUGGGAGCGGCAGCAAAGGUAACAGCUUGAAGAGAUCCAAAUCCAUUCGUCCACCCCAGAGCCCCCCACAGAACUGCUCACGCAACAACUGCAAGAUCUCUUAGCAGGAUGGACACGCCGUGAGCUUCUAACGUAUCCACACCCACCCACCGAUGUACAGCUGUUUGCACACUUAACCCUUUUCGACUGGAUCCUUUCGGAUGGGCCACGGUUGCUUUUUUUUUCCGAUGGCUCGCGCAAGCAUUGGGAAUGUGCUCACGUUUUGGCUUCGCGUACGAAGCGGGGUGCCGGCUGGAUCUUGCGGCGCUGGCGGGGAGAGGACUCUGCCAAGUGACCCUCCAAGAAUGCUUUGGGCUUUGGGGUGGAAAAUUCAGCAGCUGCCGGGUUGGGGAGGGGGGAAGGGGAAAAGAGCCCAUCCAGUCUCGAUGGAGAAAUGGAUUUAAUGGAAGAUUGAGAGGCUUAAGGGAGUAGGCAAGGAGAGUCUGUGCUGCAACUUUAACUCUUGGACUCCUGAACAGAUUGCUGGUGCAAUAGUAAUCGUUGGAUGUAGGGGGGGGAAAAAAUGGGGACAGGGGAGUAAUGACAGUUUUCACUGGGAUGUUAACCUGCUGUUGCCAAAAACAAAGAAAACAAGGCAAGAGUUGGCCAAUUGAAAAGGGGAAGGAGGCAGUCUGCUUGCCUUCCUCAUUUAUUUAUGUAAAUAUUAUACAUAUAUAUAUAUCUCACUUGUUUUUUAAGGUUUUUUUUAAGAAGCAGUCAGGGAAAAUUUUAUGCAGCCAUGUAAAUACAAGCACUGGAUUAACUUUCCCAGUGUCAGCAAAAGGGGAGAAGUGGAAGAGUUUCCGAUGAAAAUAUACAAAUGCUUUAAGAGACUUUCAAUCACCACCUCGGCUUGUGCUGGGUUUUUUUAAAUACUACAUAUGCAGAAGGAAAGAACAAUUCGUGCGUAACAAACCCCAAGCUGCUUUAUUCUGAUCAUUCCCUAAAACUUGUGAGAGCCGAAGGCAGGGUGAGAUGUAAAUGGAUCGAGGGGCAGAGCGGAGAGGCCGGGGUCUCGGGGUUUGCUUUUGGCAGGCAGGACAAAGAGCUCUGAGGUCAGACUGAUACCUUGCUCGCUUUGCGCCUUCUGAGGAGCAGAGGGUUGAAGCAUCGUGCCUAAAGCAGAGGAAAAACGCUGAAUAUGCUGAAUUUUGUCCCUUAUUGCUGCAAAACCUUGGCCGUCGCUUCCGGAGACCCUCCAUCCACCACACCACCCCGUGCGACAGCCCCCGAAUCCCAGCUGCUUCUUGCUUUGCUUUUUCCAAAGACGUUCUGCCUGAGCUAGUGUUGUUGCGGCUCCUCCUGGAUGAAAGUGGGGAAAGGACGGAAGCGGCUUUUCCUGCUGGAGCAUGAAGGAGCAAGGGACUGGGAAGGUGAAAAGUUUGUGUGGGAAAAGAGCGAUCCCCAGGUCCUGUCGUGGCAAAUGCACUUGGCUCCAUGGCAGGCCCGGGAAAUCGGGAAAGCAAACUCCUGGAUUUUAGAGGGGCGAGCGUGCUCAGCGGCAAGAGCUCGAGAUGUGCACAUGCUGUGGGAGAAGAUCUUGCGUCAAGCAAGGGCGUGUGCUUCCCCGGCUUCGUCCCGUGGCUGAUCUUUGCUGGAAAUUCACCUGGAAACUUAGAAACAGUGCCCAGCCCUUCCCGCAAAAGCUAAGCAGGGCUUGGCAGUGGGACUAAGCUAUGUCAACAGAUUCUUGUAGGCGGCCAGGAUGUGUAGAUUGUGAGUAGCGUGGUAGAAAGUGAAUUACUCUUUCCUUGUGCUGGGCUGGUCUCCUCCUCAGCCAGACCAGCCGGUACAGUGCUGCCAUCUUCCUCCUGGCGUUAGCAACUCCGCAAGGCCUGGGCUUGCUCGUCUCCCACCCCUCCCAGAGCAGCUUGUUGCAUUGCACGGGCAGAAUGAAGCCGCAGCGGCUCCUGCGCGGCCGACGGACCCGCUUUGUUGAGGCAGCGGGCAGGGGCGCAUCCCUCCCCGGGGGACGUCUCCUUCCCCUUGCUUCUGAGCUGACUUGGGAGGUGAAGGAGCCGGUCCCCCUCCCCGCUCUGCAGGACAAAAUACAAUACGGGGGUCGGUCUCUUGGCUCGUCUCUAGCGUGCUUUAUUGCCCAGCUCAAAUGAGCGAGGAGAGAAUUAAACCCCAGGCAGAUGGAGGAGGGGGAGAAGAAUCCUUUGUAGUGGUGCUUUGGCUCAAGAGCAAAGCCGCAGCCGAGCUCGGCACGGUGGCGUGAAGGCCGGGGGAUUUGGAGAACCUGUCUGGGAUGGCUGGCACCUGUUUCCCAUCACUUAACACACAGCAGAAGACAAUCGCUGGCUCAGCAGCCCGGGGAUAUACGGCCAACAGGUGAUCGGCCCCGCAAAAGGCGAUUUUUCUCCUGGAAAACAUCAUCCGGGCACUGCGGGGCCCCUUCGCCGGGCCGCUCCCGGGCACCGGUGCGCGGGGCGAAGAGGGAUGAAGGUUUCCUUUCUGAAAUCACAAAGCUGCUGCAUGCCGAGAAAAACGUGAUGUACCUCUGCUUGGUUUGGCUUUGCCACGUGUGACGCCUCCCCGCGCCUUUUUCCCUGCAGUUGAUUAUUUUUUUUUUUUUUUCCACCCUGUAACGUCUCAACAGAUCCUGUCCAGAGUGAGGAUGAAAGAUUCACCUGGAGCGAUUGCUCAGCAAAAAACUUUUUUUUUUUUAUUUUAUUUAAAAGGAAAAGAUUCUUCCAUCUGAUGUCAACACUAGUCUGUAGCUGCUCUCCAACACUUGUACCAUUCCUGAGUUGUUUUGGGUUUUUUUGACUAUCCUUUUAUUUUUUUAUUCCUUUGUACAGUCAAUGUUGUUCAACUGAUUAUACAUGGUUUUGUUUUGUAUAAAUUAAAGUCUUUUUUUUGUUUGUUUGUUUUGAACUACCAACUGAAA